UUUUCUGAACCUUGGUGAAAUAAGUUGGAGGGUCUAACUCUAACCUACAAAUUGACAAUUUGGGGAUAGUGCGAGUACAAUGGGUGACCAAGAGUGAACAAGAGUGAAACUUAGAAGAAUGCAUAGGAAAAAGUAUAUAAAAAUACUGUGAUAUUAGCGCAAAUUUUAAAAAUAGUUCGAGUAUCUGAAAUAUAGUGAAAACCUGGACUGGACUCUGCUGUUACUAAUCGGGCGAUCGAUUCGGUAGUGGGGGUAUAAAUGUAGAUGGACUCCGUUUACUUUUUGCGAGGUCUCUUGUGGUAUCGAAAAGAAAAGAUAAAAUGUACAAAUUUACAACUUUCCUAUAUUUUUAUGACAUCGUUAAUGUCGGGCGACGUUAAAUAAUUGGAUUUUGAAAACAAAUAUAUUUUCCGUUUCUGGGUAUUCGGUUUUAGGUAGCAAAAGCUGUACAGUGCGGUACCAAUUUUCUUGCUUGUUCACCAAGUAACUAGUGAUGUGACAUGCCGAGUGUCUCCUUAGUUUUUCCUAUAGUUUCAUAUUUGUAUUUGUGAUGAACGCAUAAAGAAAAUGGAGGUGCCCAUUCUAGUCAUAGAAACAAUGUGAAGGUUUGUCUGUAAAUAAUGAUGUAAAUUUCUAUCAAAAUGAGUACCCCAGAGAAACAGUUGAAUGGAAACAACAAUGGUUUAAAAAGUAGUAGCCCUGGAAGUUCAAAAAAUUCCCCAAUUAAAUGUAAUGAGCACUAUAACCAGUGUAAAGAAGAAGCAUUUCAGUUCCAAGUGCCUUCAGAGGCUCCAGUGUUUUACCCCACAGAAGAAGAAUUCUUAGACCCAUUAGCUUACAUAGCUAAAAUUAGGCCAGUGGCUGAAAAUACAGGAAUAUGUAAAAUUAAACCGCCAGGGAGGUGGCAGCCUCCAUUUGCAGUGGAUGUAGAUAAAUUACGAUUUACACCUAGAAUACAAAGAUUAAAUGAAUUAGAGGCGAAAACCAGGGUUAAAUUAAAUUUUCUUGAUCGGAUAGCCAAGUUUUGGGAAUUGCAAGGCUCGUCUCUCAAAAUUCCCGUUGUUGAAAGACGGGUUCUAGAUUUGUAUACUCUGCACCGAGUUGUACAGCUUGAGGGUGGAUUUGAAGAAGUCACCAAACAAAGAAAAUGGUCUAAAGUUUCAGUUCGUCUAGGAUAUCAAAUUGGCAAGAACGUCGGAGCUAUUCUAAAGCAACAUUAUGAAAGGCUUCUUUUUCCUUUUGAUGUUUUUAAAGAGGGCAAAGCAGUACCUAUUAAGAUCGAAAGUCCUGAUGAAGGCAAUGAGAAAACCGACAAAGACUACAAACCGCAUGGUAUAGUAAACCGCAUGGCCGUCAAGCCACCGUCGGAUAAAAAUGCAAGGCGCUCUAAGAGGUUUGAAGCUAAUGACAAGGAUAAGACUGAGAUAGAACUUAAGAUCAAAGAGGAAAAGUCUUUAGUGGAAGACGUGGAUGGCGAUGACCAAAAUAAAGAGUUGAAAAGGCUUCAGUUUUAUGGCGCAGGGCCAAAGAUGGCUGGAUAUGACGAUAAAAAAGAGCAGAAACCCAGGGGAAAAAAUAUCAAAUACGACUUUGACCCUGUAAGUGUAUUAGCCAAGUAUGUUUGCCAUAAUUGUAAUCGCGGAGAUGCUGAAGAAUAUAUGUUGCUCUGCGACGGUUGUGAUGACAGUUAUCACACGUUCUGCCUUAUGCCCCCCUUAUCUGAAAUUCCAAAGGGUGAUUGGAGAUGCCCUAAAUGUGUGGCAGAAGAAGUUUCAAAACCAACUGAAGCGUUUGGUUUUGAGCAAGCUCAAAGGGAAUACACGUUACAGCAAUUCGGAGAAAUGGCUGAUCAAUUUAAAUCAGAUUACUUUAAUAUGCCAGUUCAUAUGGUUCCAACUAGUACAGUGGAAAGAGAAUUUUGGCGUAUAGUAUCGUCAAUUGAUGAAGAUGUAACUGUCGAGUAUGGAGCCGACUUACACACAAUGGACCAUGGAUCUGGCUUUCCUACAAAAUCUUCAGCAAAUCUUUUUCAAGGAGAUAAAGAGUAUGCCGAGUCUAGUUGGAACUUGAACAAUCUCCCAGUUUUAGAAGGCUCAGUAUUAGGAUACAUUAAUGCCGAUAUUUCCGGAAUGAAGGUUCCAUGGAUGUAUGUUGGAAUGUGUUUUUCCACCUUUUGUUGGCACAACGAAGAUCAUUGGUCCUACUCAAUAAAUUAUCUACAUUGGGGAGAAGCCAAAACUUGGUAUGGCGUUCCAGGCAGCAAAGCAGAGGCAUUUGAGGAAACAAUGAAAUCGGCGGCCCCCGAAUUGUUCCAUUCGCAGCCAGACCUGCUGCAUCAACUAGUAACUAUUAUGAAUCCAAAUAUUCUGAUGAAUGCAGGUGUACCCGUAUUCCGGACCGAUCAACACGCAGGAGAAUUUGUUGUGACUUUUCCAAGAGCCUAUCAUGCUGGUUUUAAUCAGGGGUACAACUUUGCUGAGGCCGUCAAUUUUGCACCUGCUGACUGGUUGCGAAUGGGGAGAGAAUGCAUUCUACAUUAUUCUCAUUUAAGGCGGUUUUGUGUAUUUUCGCACGAUGAACUGGUAUGCAAAAUGGCUUUGGAUAAUGAUAAGCUCGACUUGACUAUUGCGGCGGCAACCUAUCAGGACAUGCUUGUGAUGGUUGAUACUGAGAAGAAAUUGCGGAAGACGCUUCUUGAUUGGGGUGUGACUAAUGCAGAACGUGAGGCAUUCGAGUUACUUCCAGACGAUGAAAGGCAAUGUGAAAUAUGUAAAACGACCUGUUUUUUGUCUGCAAUGACGUGUUCAUGCUCCACCACCAGCUUGGUUUGUCUGAGGCACUAUAAAAAUCUUUGUGAGUGUCCGCCGCAAAAUCGGACACUGAGAUAUCGGUAUACCCUGGAUGAACUUCCCGUAAUGUUAAAAGCCUUAAAACUAAAAGCGGAAUCAUUUGAUCAUUGGGUAGCCAAGGUGAAAGACGCUCUUGAUCCAAACACUCCAAAAACCCUUAAUUUAACUGAUCUAAAAGCGCUGCUAAAUGAAGCUGAUGGCAAGAAAUUUCCCAAAUGUGAACUGCUACAAACACUAACCAGCGCAGUUAUAGAUGCCGAAAAAUGCGCCAGUGUUAUACAUCAGUUGGAUCUCAAUAAAAUGCGGACUCGAACUCGACACUCAAAUGAAGCCAAAUAUAAAUUAACGGUUGAGGAACUGACGCUCUUUUGCGAUGAGAUUGAUAGUUUAGCGUGCGUUUUGGAUGAGGCUAAAAGUAUAAGGGUUUUACUGGAUGAAACUCGGAAAUUUGAAAGCAAAAGUGAAGAGCUUUUAACGCAGAGUUUAAGAGAAAAUUCCCUAAUUGAACUUGAAACUUGUCAAUCUCAUGGAAAUGGCUUAUGUAUAGAGUUGCCCGGUUUGAAGCUGAUUAAUAAUCGGAUAAAACAGGCUCAAUGGAUGAAAGAAGUUGACAAUUGCAAAAACAGAACAGAUGUCAUGGGGCUUGAUAAUAUAAAAACGUUGAUACAAGAAGGUUGUUCAUUACCACCGCACAAUGAAAUGGAAGAAGAAUUGUCGAAUCUCCAAUUGAUGCUUGAGCAAAGUCAAGAAUGGGAAGAGAAAGCACAAGAUGUUUUAAAAUGCCAAGAUCCAAAUGUCUUGAUUCAAGUUGAUAAACUACUGAAAGAUGCGUCGAAAAUCGCGUGCCAUUUACCAACCGAGGGCGUUCUUUAUGAUUCCAUGAAGAAAGGAAGGGACUGGCUAAAACAGUUAGAGGAAAUGAAUUCAGCUGAGUACUACCCAUACUACAGUGCUAUGGAGGAACUAAUAAAGAAGGGCCGGCUACUAACACUUCAUUUGGUUGAAGUAGACCGAAUGAAUGAAUACCUUGUAUUGGCUAACAAUUGGAAAGAUAAAACCAGUCGGUCAUUUUUGCGGAAAGACUCGCCUUGUACAUUGAUGGACGCACUAUCACCCAGAACGAUUUUGCCAGUCACUUCAAAAAAUUCCAAAAAAGGAAAAAACGCUGACGAAGAUUCCAAGUCGAUAGCCUUAACUAAUACUAUGGAUCCAGCAACGGUGGUGGCACUUUUUAAGGAAGCUGAGGAAGCGGAAAUGUCAAUGAUCAAGAAAUUGAGGCAAAUUAAUAAACCCAAAUCUCUAGAUCCAAAUGAUACUAACAGUACAUACUGCAUUUGUGGAGGUGGCCUAUUUGGUAUAAUGAUGAGAUGUGAACUUUGUCAUGAUUGGUUCCACUCUACAUGCACCCAACUUCCAAAAAUUGCCACUACCAAAUUCAAGGGCAACUUCCUUAAUGCUGCAGUGGCUUUAGGAUUUAAAGACUGUAAGUAUAUUUGUCCUAAUUGUCAGAGAACAAAAAGGCCACGGCUUGACACCAUUCUAAGUCUUUUGAUGUCUCUUCAAAAGCUAUACGUCAGAGUCCCUGAAGGGGAAGCUUUGCAAUGCUUAACUGAACGAGCUAUGAACUGGCAGGAUCGAGCGCGACAGCUUCUGCAAAAUGCCGAACUUGAAAGGGCUAAAAUAAAGUUAAAUGCUUUAAGUCAAAAGUUUACAGACGCUGCAGCACGACAAAGGACAGAAAAAAUCAUUUCCACAGAACUAAAAAGAGCUUCCAAAAAUCCUGAACUUCUCCAGAGAGUGCAAGAGAUAACCCCAUUUAGCGGAGUAAAUGAAGAUGGAGUAACAUGUGAUAGUGGAAUCAAUGAUUCGGAUGAGGCUUCUAGAGAAUCAUCUAGGGAUUCUGACGACCGAAUGGGCGAACAUGCCUAUAGUCUACACCUUCCUAAACAUGAUGCUGAAGACUUCGUGAUUCGAAUUAUCCCCGAAAUCAAGAAGCAAAUGGAAGAUUUAAUUAUGGAAGGGGACCUAUUAGAAGUGUAUCUAGACGAAACUUUUGCACUUUGGAAACUUAUAUUAGGCUGCAGAGAUCCUGAAAGAGAGAUCAUGCUGAUUGACUUCGAUGCUCAUCUUAAAACGUCACCAAAGAAACGAGGUCGGAAAAGAGUAUCCGAGGAACUUAUCGAUUCUACUAAAAAGCCGGUAAAGUCUCUUAAAGCGGAUAGUGAAAAGAAAAUGCGGGGUCGCAAGCAGCAGAGCACGAGUAAGGACAGUACACAGAAAAAACAGAGGGGUAAACGUAGAGGACGGAGAUGUCAAUCUACUGCUUCGAAUAGUAGUGACAGUGAAGACGAAGACUGUGCUGCAAAUGGUUGUCAACGACCAACCGGACAAAAUGUUGACUGGGUUCAGUGCGAUGGUGGUUGUGAACAGUGGUUUCACAUGGCCUGUGUCGGGUUAUCUGCCGGAGAUAUUAAUGAGGACGAAGACUAUAUUUGUAUCACUUGUUCUCGUAGUACUACCUUUGAAAGUGUUGAUCCUUGUGAAGAAAGUAGAUCUAGUAGUCCUAGGUCUCCGGACUCAACCCAACCAUCCACUUCAAGAGACAUUUCCUAGUGGUUGGAAAUUAUAUUAAUCGAUUAAUUGAGGAAUUUUAAUUUACUUUAUUUACUUUUUUUGAAUUUGAACUUUUUGGUGACUUGGCUCUGAGGAACUCUGCGCCAGUUCUUCGAGUAUAUUCAUUGAUUUGUGAUAAAAGGCAUAUUUAAAAUAAAUGUAACAUACCUUACCUAAGUCGUCUGCUCAGGUAAACUACUGAAAAAAUGCAGCGUUCUUUUAAUUUUGUAUUAUAAACCCUAGCAGGUAUUGGAAGUGAUUAAAUUCUUAUUAUUUGUAUAUUAUCUCAUAAAAUUUUCAGUAGUUUGGGUGGGUAUUUUAAUUAUAGGUAACCAGCAGAUUAAUUAGGAGACAAUUUAGUGUGUUUGCUUUAUCCUUUGAGAUUUUUCAGGACCUUGUUUUACUCUCAAGAAUUGAGUUAAUAAAUUAUUAUUUGGUAUAGUUGCAAUUGGAACGUAACUUUGCUACUGAGAUGUAUUUAUUGCAUUUUGUUGCUUUUUUCUGUUGUUUCUAACAAUAAUAUUUAGUAUACUAUUUUGCAGUAAAUCCAUUAUAUACAGGGUCCGCUAAGCCACUUGGCUUAUGGCUGCCGAUGUCGAUAAUUUUUAAAUUAAUUGGCUUCGUAAAUUAUCUGCAAAUUAAUUUACUAAUAAAUUGAUGUUAUUUAUCUAAGUAUAUCUCCUUCUCAACCUGUAAGUUUUUAGUUUGUAAAUAUUUCGGCAAUUAGUCUUUCACUUUACAAGUUGCGAGUAUAGCAUAUUAAGGUGAUUUUAUAAACCCUGCAUUUUGUGCGGUUUCUCGUUAAUAGCGCGCAGUUAUUGCUGUGCGUAAAAUGAACUCACCUAACGUCUAUGCAAAGUUAACUGCGACAGUAUGAAAAAAUAAAUGCCCAUUAACUAGUUUGGUGUUUAGAUGGCCAUUCUAAAGGCGGUCUUUCUAAUUAACUUUCAGAAAAGAAUACACUCGAAACUUUUUUCACCCUGAUGUUUUAACAUCCGCGCAGAACUUUCAAUGCCGGUAUUACACUACGCACUUUUUCCCGAUGUAUUGGCCAAUUAUUGAAGAUCGCCUUCUUGGCCUUCAUCGACUUCACACUUUGUUUUGUUCUUAGAAUAAAUUGGUAUUCAACCAAAAUAAAUAAAGAAGCGACUAAUUUUCUAAACUGAAUGCAUACAAUACAGAUUUUCGACAUCUGAAACACAAUAAAAAAAUCAGAAAUAAAAAACCCGUAUUCCGUGUCACUUUCCUUUGAGAAUCGCUGCCAACAUCGUUAUUUCAGUUAGCAAACAGUAUUUUUUCCCAGCAAAAUUUUCCCAAUUCGCAAUAAUUUUCAGCAUGCUCAAUCUUUUAUUCUGCCAAUUAUUGCAGACUUGCUGCAAUUUAUUGCAGCAAGUCUGCAAUAAAUUGAACGAUUUAUCUAUCGCAGCCCGAUUCCACGCUUUACGCUCAUAUCUUCAAUGAUUGGCCACUUUAUUGACAAUAAAUCGGGGAGAAGUGCGUAAUGUAAUACCGGCAGUAAAACAUACAAGUCAAAUGAUUAACGCAAAAAAUCGAUGUCUCCUAUUGGUGGCUUGCUAGUGGCUUAGCGAAAAACAUGUACUUUUACAAAGUGGUAUUUAACUAUUUGUAAACACGUUGCAAAGGAAAAAUUUCGAAGUAAAUGGUUUUGAUAAGCAACCCGAAAUCAAAAAGCUGUAUUGGAAAGGUCUCUUUAAUCGUCUUUUAAUCAAGUCUUUAGGGACUUGCACAUCAUUACUGUAAAAUAAUAAUAAUAAUAAUAAGUAACAGUAGCUAUCUUUUGGAAGCUAGAGAACGAAAUACGAGGGACGAAUGGCACGAGCCGCAGAGCUUAUAAAUGCACCUUUAAUCUUAGUUUUCCCUAAUCUAAUUAAGUUUACAAAGAUUGUAAGAUAGUAUCAACAAUUUUAAGAAAUCUGAAACCCAUUUUGGGGCCAGUUUUAUUUCUCCCUAAAGCUAAAUCAUCGUCAUGGAUCAUUGAAAAAUCAAAUUUAAAUUUAUGUUGCUUAAUAAGAGAAGUUUAAGAGAACAACAACCUACAAAAAAAAAUCGGUCUUACUUUUAAUUUUUAUUUGAAUCUUUUCAUUUACAUACAACUAUCAAACAGGUAAUGUUUUUCUCUUAAGCUAUUUUAAUAUCGUGAUUCCUGUCAAGAUGCAGUUAAAGAUUUUUCAGUCAACAGCAGUUAUUCAUAGCCGUUGAUUUAAAUGUCCGGUUAUAUAAUAUUUUAUCGCCAUAGCGUCGGACAUUAUUUAACUGUGAUAUCAAAAGUAAGCGAUUGAUUGUCAAAGGUUGAUUCUUCCACACUGCCUAUAUAAAAUUCUUCAAUAAAUACCCAAUUUAACACUGGUAUGCAAAUAGUGCAAUUGAAAUUUUAGCACUCAAACAGUUCUUAUCUCUCAGAUAAAUUAUUGAUUGUUUUACGUCUGUAUAUUAAGCUCGCAAUUACUUUAAAAUUAUUCUACCACUUUUAUUUGUUAUUUACUUUAUGUUUCUGUGAUGAGCAUUCGUGUUAGUAAAAUUCAAAUUGUUUAUAGUUGUGUAACACUUUUGUGACCCAUCUUUGCGUUUAAUUACCUAAGAAAAAUUGUUUUAUGUCGAAAAAAUUAUACAAAAUUUUCGAAAAGGUCGGAGUUAUAAGUAAAUAGUUACACAGGAAAAAUUGUAAGAAACCUCCGCCAUUUGACAAAUAUUAAGGAGACUGUAACUGAAGGAGUCAGCAAGUUAUCAUUGUUUUAUUGUGUUGAUUCUGAAAUCUUUAAAUUGCUUGAAAACACGGCAACUUGGAGAAUAGUAUUUACUUUAACAUAUUUUAAAAGGUAUUAAUUGUGCAUAUUGAACACAUAUUUCAAGUAAUUCCAAAGAUUUUUAUUCAAUAAAUUGCCAACUAUGCAUAAAUAGUAUCUUCGUAUGAGAUGUGGCCAGUAUUAAAUUCUUUACGAUGAAAUUUCGAGAUUUCUAUUCAUGUCAAAAUUUGGCCUAUUCUUUAUAUUUUUAUAUAUUUUUUUCAUAGUUAGUAUGUAUAUAGUAGGCCGUAUUUCUAUUAUAUUAGUCAUAAGCAUUUGUUCUGAUAAUUGUGAAUAAAUACUUUUGCAGUAAAUGUAAUUGAAGGA